GAUCGGCUAAAAUAAAUAAAGCAGUGCGUCAUUAUAGUGAACUAUGACAAAUCUCGAUCGGGCUCAUGGAUAUAAAGAGAAACGAUAGUUCUCUCAGAGACAACGAGAAAAGUGUUGGAUAAAUCGACAAACGACGGCGAUGCCUUUCGCGAAAGCAAUGACGACGUUAACGCGUCGAUGGUAAUUGUCGGCGGGGAAGUGCAAAGUGCAACGAACGAGAGCAGAAAAGUUUUUUUUUCUUUUUUUAUAUCUUCCUUUCUUUCUGUUUUUUUUUUCUUUUAAUUCUCUUCGUGAAAGAAAGAAAGUCAAUCUCUCUCGUUCAUCUUCUUCCAUCGCUUAUGUUCGGUAUGGAUCGACGAAGAACUCCAAAAAGGAGAGGUCUCUCUCCUUCCACCAAUUCUUCACAAACAGAACCAUCAGUGGUAACAUCAUCGACGAGUCAGCAAUUGGAAACGAUAACUGAGUUCCCGGCAACCGAUGGUGCUACCGUAAUCAGUGGAUGCAAAGAUCAGCCUACCAUCUGUGGAAAGGAGGCUGCUUGUCGUAGCUUCCGUGACAACACCUCGCAAUGCGUUUGUCCUCAUGAUUCCUCCCCACCUACGUCAGACCUCAAAUGUCCGAAUCGUUUGACCGUCCCUUUAACUCCACGACCCAUACAUAAUAUAAUACCACCAAGUGGUAAUGGCACGAACAGUACCACUGCUCUACCAGAAGCAGAACAGUAUUACAAUGUUAUUAUGCAGGUUGAACGUUCGAGGCAUAAAGUACCUGAAAUAGUUGGAAUUGCGAUAGCCUUCAUCGCAGUGCUAGUUAUCCUCUUGAGUAUAGUUUAUUGUGUGAGAAGACGAAGUUAUGGUGUAAAGUCGCAGAGGAAUUCAUUGGAUGCGUCUCCGAUGAAUCUAAAAAAGGGAUUACUAUUAGCAAACAAAUACACGCCUAAUCCUCAAUACUUUAGUUGUACCUCGCCGGAGGUAUUAAUUUUACAACGUGAAAAUCUAGUAUUUCUACAUGAUAUCGGCGAAGGUUGCUUUGGUAAAGUUUACAAAGGAGAAUUACAAAAUGGAGAUUUAAAAGAGAUCGUUGCGAUAAAAGUUUUAAAAGAUACUGUCUCUAGAGAAGCCGAAGAAGAUUUUAUGCGAGAGGUUGAUAUUAUGUCAACCUUCGAACAUAGAAAUAUUUUAACUUUGAAAGGUGUGGUCCUUCGUGAUGCUGGAAACAGUCCAUGGAUGGUUUUCGAGUAUAUGCCAUAUGGUGAUCUUGCUGAAGUUUUGAGAUCUAAUUCAAGACAGCUACAUUCACCUAAUCCUGGAUUAGAACCAUUGACGAAGGAUUCUUUACAUUGGAUAUCCGUUCAAAUAGCUGCUGGUAUGACGUAUCUAUCAGCUCAAAGAUUUGUUCAUCGUGAUUUAGCCUGUCGUAAUUGUCUCGUUGGAUCUGGACUCGUUGUUAAGAUUGCAGACUUUGGAAUGUCAAGGGAUAUCUAUACCUGCGAUUAUUAUAAAAUCGGUGGCUCGAGAUUAUUGCCAGUCCGAUGGAUGUCGCCAGAAAGUGUGAUGUAUGGUCGAUUUACUUUAGAAAGUGACGUUUGGAGUUUCGGAGUUGUCCUUUGGGAAGUCUAUUCCCUUGGAAAGCAACCUUAUUACGGACAUAAUAACGACGAGGUGGUCAAGUUGAUCCUACAUGGAAUUAUGUUGAUCCCUCCUGACGAAUGCCCACCAUUCAUUUGUCAAAUAAUGCGUGAGUGUUGGAAGACAGAACCAAGAGAUCGUAUAAAAUUUUCUGACAUAUUGGAGAAAUUAGAGAAAGUCCAAGAAAAAUUAAAUCAACAGGGAACCUUACCAAGACCACCUCAAGGACCUGUUACUAUUCGUACUCCAGAUGUUCUAGAUCCUGAUGGUUACUUACUACCUGCACCAACAACGCCUCGUGAAUAUUUACAAACAUUACCGGCCUUGUCCGAUUAAUGAAAUCUUUAUUGAUAUUUUUACACGAAUGAUCGUCGUUUUGUAGAUUUGUGAAUUUUUCUUCUUUUUUUUUUUUUUUUUUUUUUUUUAAUGUGAUUCGUAUACUUAUAUAUGAUGAUCGAGAUUAAAACGAUCCUACGUGCUGUGAGCAAUGAUCAAUACGAAUGAAAUGCACGUUAAUGAUAUCAGGGAAUUUACGAAGGUUCGGACCAUCGAUCCUUCAAUGUCCACGCAAUAGUAUUAUUCCUAUUUUUAGAAUAAGUUCAUAAAAUGAACGUUGUUAUACGUAUAUAAUUAAUGUAUCAUAUUUCGAGAUAAUUUAUUGAAUACUUGACGCAAAGUCGACUGACUGCACGAGAGCACAGUAAAUAAUAAUUUGCUCUAGUUUGUAUACUUGAUUUCUUUUGUAAAAUAAUAAUAUAUGAAUGUACGAAUAUAUAAUAUCCGUUUUUUCAUGUAUUGUAUCCGCUAAUUCUUACAACUAUAAGAAAUUGUAUAAAAAAAGUAAAUAAAUAAAUAAGGAAGAAAAAUAAAUUUUUA